AUGGCUUGCAUCAUGCUCCUGGCAUUGAACCCAGACACGCCUGCCUAUGGUUUUCUUGAACUCUUUGCUGGAGAAGGAUGGGUAACAAAGCUGAUGAAAGUGAAUGGAAUCCCAUCAGCAGCUUUUGACAUUGACUAUGGGCAGCCAUUGGAGGGGAAACAGGAUGCUAUGAACAUUCUGUCUGAUCCAGGAUUUGCGCUAAUCCUCCUCUCGAUAUUGAACGCAAAGUUCGAGAACUUCCUGGUGGUCAUAGGAUUGGUGUGCUCGUCAUGGGUAACAGUGUCUUCAGGUACACACUACCGCUCACCGUGGUUUCCACUUGGUAUUGAAGAACAUGGCUUUGUAUCGCGCGGGAACCAGAUGACGAGCAGGGUUGUGCUUCUGAUCCUGGCAAUCACUGCGAUGGGGGGAACGUGGGUGCUGGAGCAGCCACGCUCCAGCAAAGUAAUUUGGCAUCCCCGGGUUAGAUUGCUGUGGAGACUUAUUCCUGAGGUAUUUGAAGCCAGGUGGUGGGCUUGCAUGUAUGGAGCUGGAACUGCAAAGCGCCACAUCGCUUGGUCAAACAGUAGAACGGUGCAGCUACUGGACUUGGGGAAAAUGAUCAAGGCGACCUAUCCGCCGAGAUUUGGUAUGAAGCUGGCAAAACUACACAGCCGCUUCUGCACCAAAAGGUCAUUGGAUUUUGGGACCCACAUUGAAGCAAACAAUGUGGACUUGGGGAUCCACUUGUUUGAGACCUUGGAUUGGGCGCUCACUGAUUGGUGGUGUGAUGCCAAUAUGAAGGAGUAUGAGCGAAAGCUUGAACAACUCAAGGCGGCGAAGGCAGCCACUGAUGCUUCUGACUCUAGCAAGCAGCCCGAGCAGGACCCGAAGAAAGAGCUGGAUGAGCUCCGAAAGGUCCCAGCCCCGUCUCUGGGGCCGAAGGCCAAGGUCUUGCCUCCACCAGAGCUCAAGCCCCCGGAGACUGAAGGAGCACGCCUCAACCGGUUGAGGAAUGACCGGUACAACAAAAAGCUCAAGAAGUACUAUGUUGUCUAUGAGGAAGGUGACGAAGAGGUGUCUGAAGAUGAGGAGCGUGUUGACCACGUCGACCAGGAAGUUGCUGAUGACAAUGUCGAGUUCAGUAGGUCCGUGGAGAACUUGGAGGCCGCGUGCAAAACCUUGGAGGAUCAGUACGAGCAGUGCGAACAGGUCAAGCUGGAUGUUGGAGCCCUUCAUGACAAUGACAUUGCUGACCCUCUUGCAAAAGAGUUCCUCAUCUUCUAUGGACUCAAGUUCAAGUUUCCAAGACAGGCCCCUUGCAAACACGUGGUGCAGUUGGCCAAAGCAGAGGUGCGAAGGAAUCCUGCUGCCAGUCCAACUUUGAGGGCAUUUUCAAGGGUCCGUGAGAAAGAUGCAGAAAACGGAGUUCACAGAGUCUUGAGGGAAGCUGGCUUCUCCGCGCCAGUGAACAUUGAUGUAGUCGACCUAGGGGUUGGAAGGUACAACAACUUUCCCAUCAUCAAGUUUUCUUCAUGGGCCCAACUUCUUUUGGAUACCGACAGGUUUUCACGCCUGCUUGUUGGAGUGCCCACCAUUCAGAAAAUGAAAGCAGUUCUGGCAGAGUUUUGGAGGAGGUUUCGCGACUUGCAUCCAGAUCAUGGAAUCUAUGAUCUGGCAGAUCAGGGCACAAUCCAGUUGGAAACCACAGUUCCUUUCUAUUCGCACAGCGAUGAAGGACGUUCCUUCAAGCAUCUACCAUUGUGGGUCCUCUCGGCCCACGGCGCGAUUGGCAGAGGUACUAAGCUGUACCUUGAAGAUCGCAAGUAUUUGGCGCCCUUGAGGCGCAACAGCAUGGGGCUCAAUUUUGUUGGGAAGACGUGGACCACGAACUACAUGUUUGGGGCAGUGUUGAAAACGGUUCAACUUGAAUGUCCGUGGGCAAUUCCUACAUUGGUGAAAGCCUUCGCAGAGGAUGUGGAGAUGUUGUUGCGCACAGGAAUUGUGUCCAAGGAUGGCCUAACUCAGAUUUGGAUGGCUCACAUUGGCCACAAAGGUGACCUGCCAGCGUUGGUGGAUAUGGGCGGCUUUCGCCGCAGCUACCGGAAUGUAGCCAGGGGCGCAGUGUCCCGGAAAGCAUGUGCAGGUGUGUGUCACUUGUGCCUGGCAGGGCGUGAACUUGAUGUUGCUCGUGGCCAUGCAGCUCACCCUUUCGAAGAUGUCAAUCCAAGCGCAUCAUGGGUGGGAACAAUAGGUGUGGAACCACCAUGGGAGGGCGAGCUCCCAAACAUUCUCCGAGGAGUGCCCGUGACAGGUCCAGAGCAGGUGCGUUUCUUCGUGACUGAUUUGUGGCACAAUCUGCACAUGGGGCUGGCAAAACAUUUCUUGGCCUGCUCAUUUGUGUGUAUCAUUGAAUCAAAUCUUGAAGGAAUGCCUCCCGGAAGUGUUGAGAACAAGUUCACAUGGUUGACAUCUAUUUACCGAAGCUACUUCCAAUCCAAGAACACUAGUCCGUUUGUGAAUGAGAUCUCCAGGGACACCCUCAACUUUCCUGCCUCGACAGCAUCCCCCAUUGGGAAGUGGUCAAAGGGUGCAGCAAGUACCGAGAUGAUGAUGUUUCUGGACUUCUUUGGCCGGAAUUACAUUGAAAACAAAUCGGACGAUGAGCUUCUUUGUGCCAUUGCUUCAGGAGUUCGGGUAUUGAAUGUGUGUAUGUCAGCUCUCUACCACUCCGGUUAUUGGAUCAAGAAGGACAAGGCGCUCCAAAUGUCUGGCAUGAUCUAUCGGUUUCUGGCGAUGUACGCCAAGUGCGCUCAGUUGACAGUGGCCCAGGGAAAGCGGAGGUUCCCUAUGGUCCCCAAGAUUCACAUGAUUGCGCACUGCGCUCAAGAUCUUCGUUCUCAAUCGUCUUUGGGGGAUUGGGUGCACAAUCCCCUAUCGGCUACAAACCAAAUACAGGAGGAUUUCAUUGGACGUCCUUCUAGAAUCAGCCGCCGUGUUUGCAUUCGUUCCUUGCACACCAGUUUGAUCAAAAGGGCAUUGAUCAUGUACCAAGACUGCUUAAAGAGUUCAGACUUGGACAAAAGGGGCAUGGAUGG